UCCAAAACGUAAUUUGCUUCAACAGAAACGGUCACAUUAAGCAAACGAGCGCGCAAGUAAGAACAUUUUCGUAUAAAGUCUGCCGACUUUUAAAGCAAUUUGCCGGCCAAAAUGAAGCGUGCAAAGGAGGAGGACAAGGACGAGUCCGCCAGUGCCAACGGCACGUUGAAUACGAGCGCCGGCAGCAACAGCAACGAUGCUGCUGCAACGACAAGCACUGGCACAACAACCACAGCAACUCGCACUACAGGACGCGUCAAGAAGCCCAAACAAGUGUAUGAUCCAUCCGAUAACCAUGUACGAUACCGCAACACAACGCCAGCAAAUGCCACAGCACAGACGACGCAAAUGCCGGCACCGGCCGCAACAGCGACCGCCACAGCGACCGCCACAGCAGUGGCCCCAGUGCGUGUUACAUCGCCUGUGGCGGUGGCUGCAACCAGGCCAGAUUCAGUUGCCAAUGCCGAUGCCCAAGAUGCUGAGUCAGGGGCCCAGCCGAUGCGUCAGUAUGAUAUCUGUCAUAAAUGCAAAAAGAUGGAAGUAAAGCGUGGCUCUGGAUACAAAAGUAAUUUUCUUGGUUGCAAGAGCUGCCUGCAGAAAUGGCAUUUCUCGUGCAUGUCCAUCAGUUUUGAUGUCCUCUCGGUUGCUCGCAAGAAGUACAAAUGCCCCUCGUGCCGCUAUUGCCGCAUUUGUGGCGCCAAUGGAACAGACUUGGCCAUUUGCUCAACGUGCGUUUAUUCGUUUCAUCGCGAUUGCCAUGAUCCGCCAUUGAGCGGCUCCGAUCUCAGCGAGCGCCAGUGGCAAUGUCACAGCUGUGAGCACGGAUCGAACCACAACAAUAACAACAACAACACUUCGGGUGGUGAGCAAACUGGACGCAAAUCGUAUCCGGGACGCAUGAAGCGUGCCCAGUCAGAUCCCGCAGGUCAGGAGAAGCAGGCAAAACUCGUGAAGGAGUCAAAGGAAGAAACAAAAAGCGCCGCUGAGCCAGAGCCAAAACGCGCCACCAAAAAGAAAGAGAAAGCGGCAGAGCAAGAGGGAGAGCAUGAGCAAGAUAACGAGGAAAAGGAAAAGGAAGAGCUAGAGCCACAGUCAGAGCUCAAAGAACAGGCCGAUAAACGCUUGUCCACUGAUGAAUCAGACAUGCCCAUGGAGGCAGCUGCUGCUGUUGAGGAGCCUAAAGCAGAGACCAAGGAGGAGCCAGAGGUAAUGCCAGCUGAAACCAUGCCCGAGCCCAUGGAGCAAGAAACUGAGCAUCAAGCUGUGGAAGCAGAAGCUGCUGCUGCUGCUGCUGCUCCUCCACAGCUGGUGGAACAAAUGCCGCUCGGCAUGGACAUGGAUCAGCAGCCAUUGGAAGCGGCAGCGGUGCCAAAUGGCAGCGAUGAUGAUGAGAUUUCAGUUGUGAGUGUACAGCCGCCGCUGCCGCCGCCACCGCUACUAGUACCAUUGCCAGCUGACGACGUAACGGUGAUUUCGGUGAAUCCCGUGAGCAGCUGGACCACUGAACAGGUGACCGCAUAUGUGUCACGUUUCUAUCCGGAGGAGGCACAGGCACUCAACAGGCAGGACAUGGAUGGUGAAGCACUGAUGAUGCUUACGCGCGAGGAUAUGAUAAAUGGUUUUGGCUUUAAACUUGGCCAGGCACUGCGCGUAUUUCAGGUCAUACUUGGCCUACAAAUGCGCAACAACAAUGUAUUACUGGGCUGGUCAUCCACUUAGUUUUUAGCAGCUCACCUAAGGAUCCAUUUACAGACUUAAGUUAGAUAUUUUUUUGUUUGUUUUUUUUUUCGGACCUUAACUACAAAGUUACGCGAAUACUCCGACGUCGAAAAAUUCGUAGGGGACUAGAAACCAUUAAUUUAAGUUUUUAUUUUCUUAAGUUUGAAAAAAAGACACUCAAAAUGUUUGUGAUCGAAAACGAAGUCUUUCUCUAGUCAGAAGUAGACAAAUUUCCCGACAUCGUUGCUGGAAAAUUCAUUUAAAAAGAAGUUCAGAAAAUGUAUAAAAAGAAUGCUGGAAACCGCUUCAGAAAAAUGUUCAUGAAAGGCACUUCAAUUUAAAUUUAAAGCUCUUUAGCACUCUAAAAAAUCAAAAUAUGUACCAGCAGUUCUCAAAUUAAAUUUAUGAAAAGCGA